AUGUAUCGUUUUGCAAGAAUUCUUUUUAAUCGUCAAAAAUAUUCAUCAUUUUAUAUUCCAUUAUUAUCAACAAGAAAUGAACAAUAUUCUAAUAAAAUUAAUUCAUCUAUACCAUUUACUCUUCUUCUUGCAACAAGUUCUUUAAGUUUUUAUGAAAUUUUUAAACGUUAUCGUUUAUAUGCUUUAUCAAAUAAUGAACCAAUACCUUCAACACCAAAAGGUCCAUUAAUAGUUGAUAAUCAAAAACCAUUAAUUGAAAAACUUCCAUAUUCAAAACAAUACAAUUUUAUAGCUGAUGUUGUUGAACAUGUUGCACCAGCUGUUGUUCAUAUUGAAGUUGAUCUUGAAUCCAUGCCAUAUUUUGGACAUUUUAAUUCAUCAAUAGGUACAACAAAUGGUUCAGGUUUUAUUAUCAAUGAAACAGGACUUAUAUUAACAAAUGCACAUGUUGUACGGAAUAAAAAACAUGUUAAAAUUAAAUUAGCUGAUGGACAACGUUUUACUGGAACUGUUGAACAUGUGGAUAUGGUUGCAGAUUUAGCUGUUGUACAAAUUGAUUCAAAACAACAAAAAUUACCUUAUUUAAAUUUAGGUGAUUCAGAUAAAAUACGUGCUGGUGAACAUUGUAUUGCUGUUGGUAGUCCAUUAGCAUUAUCAAAUACGGUAACAUCUGGUAUUGUUUCAAAUGUUGGUCGAACAAGUAGUGAAUUAGGUUUAUUUGGACGUAAUAUAAAUUAUAUUCAAACAGAUUGUAUGAUAACAGGUGGUAAUAGUGGUGGUCCACUUGUUAAUCUUGAUGGACAAGUUAUUGGUAUUAAUUCAAUGAAAGCUAUGACAGGAAUAUCAUUUGCAUUACCAAUUAAUUAUGCAAAAUUAUUUUUAGCUGAUAUUGAAAAGAAAAAAUUAAAACAAUCAACAUCUAAACAAACAACAUCAAUAACUAAUCGUCGACAAACACGUUAUUUAGGUAUUAAAAUGUUUUCAUUAACACCACAAAUUAUUGAAGAAAUGCGUUAUCGUAUGCCAAUGACAUUUUCAAUAAAUAAAGGUGUUUAUAUUGCUGGUGUUAUGGUAAAUUCAACUGCACAACGUGCUGGUCUUCAACCUGGUGAUAUUAUUAUUCAAGUUAAUGGACAUGAUAUUGAAACAAGUGCAGAUCUUCUUAAACGUGUUCAAGAAGAUGAAACAUUAAAUUUAAAAAUUGUUCGAAAUAAUGGACUUGUAUUUAAUAUUGUAGUAACGCCUGAAUCUAUCGAAUAG